CCAAUGCUAUGGGUCUUAUCAAGAAAGCUUGUAUGUCCAAGCCAGCAUUCCUGGAGUUUCUCAAGAAGAAGCAGGCUGCCAGUAAAGACAGAAUCACUCUUUAUGGUCUCAUGGUCAAACCAAUUCAGCGCUUUCCUCAGUUCAUACUCUUACUUCAGGACAUGCUGAAAACCACCCCUGUGGGUCAUCAGGAUAGGCUGCCGCUGCAGCUGGCCCUCACUGAGCUCGAGACUCUCGCCGAAAAGCUGAACGAGCAGAAACGGCUGGCCGAGCAGCUCGCCGAAAUCCAACAGCUCACUCGUAGCGUCAGUGACCGUAACCUCAGUAAGGUCAGAGACCACCACACUACAAACACACACGGGACACGUCAAAGCAUUGCCAACCCAACAACACAAUGA